AAUGGGUGCACGUGAAUUCAAUUCUGCCAACUUGUUGUCUUAGAAAACAGACAAUUCUGCUUCUUUUUUUUAUGCUGAUUCAAAAUUUACGGUGUCAAAAUAUUGUCUGUUUACUCGAUGUUAAUUAGGUACCUUGUCUGUAGUUAUUCCAAGUCGGUUAGAUCUUGCUGAGAGAAGAUUUAGUGCCGUAGUUUUUCUUGAAGAUUUACGAACGAUUUUUACACACCGCGGGAAAGGAAGGGUGCAGACCGAGUUUACCGAUGGCCGCUAACGGGGCUGGAGACGGGGUCGGGUCGGUAGCUGAACUGCUGGCAAAGACCACGGUCAAACAGAUCAAUGAAGUAUCCUUCGCCGGUAAAGGACUCAAACUCGACAAGGCAGAAGAUGCGAAAGAUAUUGUCAAAGCCAUUGAAGACUGCAAGGACAUGCAGUCUCUUAAGUUGGAGGGCAACACUGUUGGUAAAGAAGCAGCAGAAGCAAUAGGAAAGGCGUUGCAGAAGAGGCAAGAGUUUGAGAGAGCACGAUGGGCUGACAUGUUUACUGGAAGAUUACGAUCAGAAAUUCCGCCUGCGUUGCGAUCGUUGGGAGGUGCGAUUAUCAUUGCAGACGCCCACCUGGUAGAGUUAGAUCUCAGCGACAAUGCCUUCGGUCCUGACGGAGUGAAGGCUGUCCAGGAGCUCAUUGAGAGUAAAGCUUGCUACACGCUGAAGGAGUUGAGGUUUAACAACAACGGGUUGGGUAUUGGUGGCAAGCUCCUGGCAGAGGCUCUCAUCAGAUGUCACAAGAGCAGCUCAGGGGCCGGCAAACCUUUAUCCCUAGCCACUUUUGUUGCCGGUAGAAACAGAUUAGAAAACCCUGGAGCCAUUGCAUUGGGGGAGGCCUUUAAGACGAUAGGGACACUGGAAGAGAUAGCUAUGCCACAGAAUGGAAUCAAUCAUGAAGGGAUAACGGCACUGGCUGAAUCGUUAAUACAUAACAAGAACCUCAGGAAUAUUAAUCUUCAAGAUAACACAUUCACAGAGAAGGGUGCAAUACCGAUGGCCAAGGCCCUGAGGACUCUAGACAAAGUGGAAUCCAUUAACUUUGGGGAUUGUCUCGUCAGGACGGAUGGAGCCAGCGCCCUCGCAGAAACAAUCAAAAACUGUCUCCCUAUACUCCGGGAGUUAAACUUGAGUUAUGGCGAGAUUAAGAGGGAGGCUGGAAUCGAGUUAGCGGAGAGCGUCGAUUCCAAGGAUACGCUUAAAGUACUUGAGCUCAAUGGUAAUAGUUUUGGUGAGGAGGGCGUGGAGUUGGUCCGUGGAGUUUUGGAAUCCAGCGGUCGUAUCGACGCUCUUGGCACUCUCAGUGAUGAUGAAGGAGAUGAUAGUGAUGAUGAUGAUGAUUAUGAAGAUGUUGAUGAUGAUGAUGAUGAUGAAGAUGAAAACGAAGAUGAGGAAGACGUAAAUGAAGAAGACGAGCAAGGAGAAGUCAGCAACGAUCCUAAGCUACAGGUCAAAGGAGUCAAAGCCAUCAUCUCACCAAGGAAAGACGAGGACAACAACAAAAUCGUGGUACCAGUCACAGCUGCUCAAUUUCUAGGUUUCCCAAGUGCGGACAAACUCCUCCGGAUUGGAGAUGAACGAGGGCAACUCAUCUUGAAGGAAUUAGGGAAUAACAGUGAGGAUGUAGAGAAAGUCAUCCAGGUGUUUGUGAAGGUAGCGUCAGUGAUGGAUAUCAAUAGAUCAUCGAUCAGGCAGGCCGUCUGUGAAACAUCAGAUGUUUUACUUGGAAGACUUUUUACCAGUGACAAGUGUAAAGCUGAGACAAUCGCCAACAGUAUCUUGGUACACAUCGGACUCAUCAAGAGUGAAGAUAAGAUCAAGCCAAUAGACGACCCAUCAGGUCUCCUGCUUGCCAUGGAGCAUGUCGUCAAACAAGACUACUUCCCUAGUCACUUGGCCCAGUUCUUCAUCACUUUCUUGUCAAAGACGCAUCCUGUUUUAGACGUUCACUACAAUCCCAAGCAUCAACUCCUCCAAGCUCUUCAUACGAUAUAAACUAGGCACGAUGUUUGGCCCUCGCAACAAAAAACCACUAGGAAAAGGUGCAAGGGUUGACCUUUGUACAGUUAUAGUCUUGUUUAAACUUUGAAAGGCUAUUUAAUAUCAAUUUUGCUGAGUUUUUCGAGGACUGUAAAAAUCUGAAAUCAGAUUAUAGUAGAAAGAACAUCAUGCUUGUUAACAUCAGUCUAUAAAGAUGAGGUAUUAAAGUUAGACAUUUCCAGCAAUCAAUAUUAAUGGCAGGGAUUAUGAAGCCCCCCCCCCCUUCAACCAAUCGGUAUUUUGAGCCUCAGUUGGUACAUGAAUAACGAAGAAUUAAAGGAUUUGGGUACUUUUUGUAACACAAAACACAAUGUCCACAGAUUUACAUUAAACUUACACA